AUGGCUAAAGGUCCAGGUCUCUACACCGAAAUCGGCAAAAAAGUCAGGGAUCUUUUGUACAAGGAUUACCAAGGAGACCAUAAACUCACUGUCGCUACCUUUUCCGAUACCGGUGUCGCGAUCACUACAACGGGAACGAAAAAGGGAAGCCAAUUGGUAGGUGAUGUUUCUACUCAAGUGAAGAACAAGAAUUUCACUACUGAUCUCAAAGUUUCAACUGAUGCUUCUCUUCUGACCACUCUUACCUAUGAUGAGGCUGCCCCUGGAUUGAAGACAAUCGUGAGCGCCAAGUUGCCCGAUCAGAAAUCUGGCAAGAUUGAGCUGCAGUACUUGCAUGACUAUGCUGGUAUCUGCACCAGCGUCGGGUUAACAGCUAACCCGAUUGUCAAUUUCUCCGGUGUGGUUGGAACUAAUGUGGUGGCACUCGGUACUGAUGCCUCCUUCAACACUGAAACUGGCAAUUUCAAACACUUGAAUUUUGGUUUGAACUUCACCAAGGAUGAUUUGAUUGCUUCAGUUACUCUGAAUGACAAGGGCGAGAAACUGACCGCAUCGUACUACCACGUGGUGGACCCAUUGACCAACACAGUGGUUGGCGCAGAGGUUAACCACAACUUCUCGACCAACGAGAACACCGUAACCUUCGGUACUCAGCACGCACUUGACCCAUUGACCACAGUGAAGGCGCGCGUGAACAAUGCCGGUGUAGCCAACGCGCUGAUCCAACACCAGUGGCGUCCAAAGUCGUUUGUCACCGUUUCUGGAGAGGUUGACUCAAAGGCGAUUGAGAAGACUCCAAAGGUCGGGAUUGCUCUCGCUCUCAAGCCUUGA